UGGCGGAUUGUUGACGCCUGCGGCUGCUGCGGUGGCGACCGGGCCGUUGGGGAGGAGCCACAGGGGGAGGGAGACGGCGCAGUGACAGGUACCGCGGAGGGUGCUGCCGAGGCGACAUGUCAGAGGGGCCCGAGAAAGCCCGAGGCCGCCCUCCCGGGCAGGACGACGGCGGAGGGGACCACGAGCCCGUCCCUCCCCUGAGGAGCCCUCCCGCCGCCCCGUGCCCCCGGGCCGGGCCCCAGGUUGAACCCCAGUCCCCGGGUCGGCCCCCAGCGUCCGGCCUCGCGACCGCCGCCGAGGAGUCGGAGCCGGGGCGCGAGCUGAGGAAGCGCGGGGAGGCGGCCCCCGGGCCUCGGGCGGAGCCGCAGGAGCCGCCGGGCUGCGAGGCGCCCGAGGCCGCGGCAGCGCGGGAGAGGCCGGCGCGGCUGAGCGCUCGCGAGUACUCCCGGCAGGUGCACGAGUGGCUGUGGCAGUCCUACUGCGGCUACCUCACCUGGCACAGCGGCCUGGCCGCCUUCCCCGCCUACUGCAGCCCCCACCCGCCCCCACCGACCUACCCCUCGGGCGGCGCUGCGGUUCCCCAGGCUGCGGCGCCGCCGCCCCCCCAGCUGGUCUAUUACAACCCCUUCUACUUCCUGAGCGCCGGGGCCGCGGGGCCUGGCCCCGCGGCGGCCACGGGCAUCACCACUCCUGCUCCCGUCGCUGGCCUGGGACCCCGGGCCCCUCACGUGCAAGGAUCAGCCCGCACCACUCCCGUGACGAGGGUGGGAUCCGCGGCCCCUUCGCGAACCCCGAGCGAGACCGGGCGGCAGGCAGGCAGAGAGUAUGUUAUUCCAUCCUUGGCCCACAGAUUUAUGGCAGAGAUGGUGGAUUUCUUUAUUCUCUUCUUUAUAAAAGCAACCAUUGUCUUAAGUAUUAUGCACCUCAGUGGAAUAAAGGAUAUAUCUAAGUUUGCUAUGCAUUAUAUAAUAGAAGAAAUAGAUGAAGACACAUCAAUGGAAGACUUGCAGAAAAUGAUGGUUGUGGCUCUUAUAUACAGAUUAUUAGUUUGUUUCUAUGAGAUAAUUUGCAUCUGGGGAGCAGGUGGAGCUACCCCAGGGAAGUUCCUCCUAGGACUUCGAGUUGUGACAUGUGACACAUCAGUACUUAUUGCACCGAGUCGGGUUUUAGUGAUUCCUUCCUCAAAUGUUAGCAUUACAACGUCCACUAUACGAGCUUUGAUCAAGAAUUUUUCUAUUGCUUCUUUUUUCCCUGCAUUCAUCACACUGCUGUUUUUUCAGCAUAAUCGAACAGCCUAUGACAUCGUAGCAGGAACCAUUGUGGUAAAAAGAAAUGGGGUCAGAUGAUGCUGAAAAAAGCCCUGAAUUCCACACAUUAUGGAAUAAUGACAAGACUAAAUUAUGUAUCAAGGCCAUCAGUAUCCCUGGGUUACAUUAAUUGAUGAUUUAGAAAUUAAAGCAGUCACUGUAGUGUGAUGCAGCUGACUAUUCUGAAAGUAUUGCUUUUACUUGAAUGCCAAAGAACUUUUCCAGAAGAAAAACCUGUUAAAUUCAAGUGUUAAAAUUUUUAGAUCAAAAAGAAGGCAAGUGGUUUUAUAAUCGACAAUGGACAAUAUAUACUUUCUUAAGAUCUAAGGCAUUAGAAUUUGUUGAAAGCAUUUUCAAGCUUUGAAAUCUCCAAAUGAAACUUUAAAAAUUUACUUUGGUUUAUCCCAAAAGGAUGGAAAAAUGUCCAGUUGUGUUUUGUAAACACCUACAUAAUUCAUCUUUUAGUUUACACUUCCUGGGGAAAUUGUCUUUGUUUUUGGAGGGGAGGAAUUGGGGACACAAAUUGGAUAACUGAAUUAUCUCCCAUCCCAGGAGGUAGUGAGUUAGCUGCAAGAGAAAGGGACAAGUGAGACAGGCCUAGCAGUUCCCUUACCUGAAGUUUUCCAAUCUGUAACUUUACAACUAUUCUUAAUGAUUAAACAUGUAUUUGGGGGCAGGUUUCUAAUGAUGAAAAAGUAUUAAGUCAUAUUGCUAUAUUAUCAUUGACUCUUUUAAAGAAAAGGUAAGUUAGUGAUUGCUUUUAAUGGGGGGGGAAGUAAAUUUUCACUGUAAAUUUAAGUUAUAAUUCAUGUGCAAGUGCUUUCAGCACCCUAAAUCAAACUAUAAAUAUGUGGAGAAAAAUUACUUCCGUCACAUUGUUGCAUAUUUACUGUAAAACAAUAUUCCCAGUAUGUGUGCAGCAUGAAGAAAGUAUUAGUGCUUUUCAGUGUUCUGAAUAUAACUUCUAUUUAUAUACAGCAUAUUCACAUACUACUUUUUUAUAUACUUCCAUAACUGUUGAAACAUCAAGGAGUUAAAUAAAAAAUCUUAAUAUCUCAUGAUUAACUCUAAAUACUAGUAGCUUGUGAAAUACUAGCAAUUUUCCCAUUGUGGACUGUUCUCUCUAAAGAAGGGAAAGUACCAUUUCCAGACAUUAUUCUAGGUUCUUUAAGCUCAUUCUGGGCCUGUUAGGGAUGAAGUUUUGGGGGAAAUGUUAAGCAAAGUAAUACUUUGUGUAUUACCACCUUUAUUCUUCUGUUGAAACAAAAUAUUCUUCUGUUGAACAUUCUGGGUUUUAUGUGUUUGUGUGUUUUUGUUAGAUGUCCCAGUUAUAUGUGUUGAGAUAUACCUGCACUAUUUAUAGUUUAGGUUUUAUUGGGUUCUAGGUAUUUUCUCCAUCUCUGAUAUUAUUUUCAGAACAAACACUAAACUCUGUUGCAGUUCAAAAUUAGAUUGCUUAAGGGAUCGAUCUAGGCAUUGUUCUUGAUCUUAAAUUUAAUAGGAAACGCAAGACAUCUAUUAUCACUGUAUCAAUUUUUAAAGUGGUUUUUCUUUGACAUUUAAAACUGUGAAAAUAGAUAAUCACAUUUAAUGUUUACAGAAACUUUAACAAUGUUCUUAUUAAUACUUUUUAAAUUAUAAAAUUUCAUAAACCAUGUUUUUCAAAAUAAUUUUAUAUUAAAUCCAACUUCUCAGAAACCCUUUUAGUUAAGUAUGUCAGUGUACUAAGCAGAUCAUUCACUUGUUUGUGCUGGGAAGAUUUAGUAUUAUAGCCCCUUACAGUUUUUAAGAAAAAAGGAAAGAAAAAUCUUUCAUUUUUUAAAUUAGACUAGAAAUUAGAAGUGUUACAUAAAGUUAGCACUUUAGUAGUAUAUGGACACUAACACUGGUGUACACUAUUGCCACAACUUGGGGAAUUCAAGUUGAAAUGUCCUUCAGUCAUGUAGUUCCGGAAUACAUCUUUGGUUUAUAAUUAUUUCUGGUCAGAUAAUUCAAUGGUUUGCCAUCUAAGCUAUAUUCAUGUAUAUAGUAAAACAAAAGCAAACAAGUGGUCCAGUUUAGUUUGUUAUACUUAAAAUAUUACACAUUUGCUAUACAUGAAUCAUUCAGAUUAGUAUCUAUGUAGGUUCAUUCAGAUCCAACCAUGGAUUCAAGUUACAUAGUCCUAAUAGGAUACAUAGAAGUAUUACUUUGUCUUUACAGCAAAACCCAAGUGUUUCUAUUUAUGAAUUCCGUUUGGAAAAGAGAUUUUGAUUCCCAGAGUUGAAAAAAAAAAAAAAAUGACAGAACAAUGGGGGAAGAGGGAACUAGGCCUUAGUACCACAUAUUUUUCUCUUGGGGUGGCUGGGUGGAGUCUCCUUUUCAGAACUUUUUUCUAUUUAGCAUAUUUCACUUAUACUGAUUUUCUGUAUCUUAAGUAUAAUUUUCAUGCUGAAGCUCUAGCCUGAAAAGGCAAAAGAAAGUUGUCUUUAGUGCAAACAUUAUUCAUCACUUUAACAAGAUAAUACGGGAACAAAAAUUAGGAUUGAAGGGGAAUAAGAAUACUAUUUCAGUGAGCAUGCCCUAAGUUAAACUACAGCACUGGCAGUUAAUUUAGGCAUCCAGAAAAAUCUCAGUACCCAUCACCUAUAAGCGUAGGGAAUGGCCAGUUGCACCUUGAGGAAAGUCUGGCAUACUAAUGUUCAAGUUGCAGCCAGAAGCUAGGCCCUAGGUAGGUAAGUGUCAGUGAUAGCAAACCCUGCUUUUAAACUACUUUUUGAUUACAGAAAUAAAACCAACACUUUUGGAUAGUAAACCUUCACUUGUCAGUAUCAUAAAAAGUAUUGCCCAACUGAUACUUCUCUACUACUGGUUCAGUAGUUACUUGUUUCUAGCUAAAUAUUUACCUCCCGAUUUCAUGCAAGUAUUUAGGAUUGAAAAAAAAAUGCAUUAUAGUUGAGGGCUACUUUUUCCAAAUUACCAAAUGAGUUAGUGUUUAUUGUUUCAAGUGAUAGUAAAAAGAAAGGAUUUGUUCCCUUCGAUGACGUGUUUAUAAAUAUUUCCAGCAAAGGAAAGGUAGAAAGUUGAAAAUUAUACUAUUUGUGAAUAAAGGGUUUUUUGAGGUGGAUAAUGGUAUUAAUGUUUUCAUUCUACACUUGUCCCUAUUUAAACAGGCUGUUUCUUUGACGAAUAUGCUUACAUAACAGUAUUUCUAAAGAUCCGUAAUGAGUACCAUUUCAAUUACUUGCCGUUCUCCCCACCCCCAAUACCAAAGGCCAAAGUCUUUAUAACAUGUGCUCGCCUGGGUAAAGUUCAUUUCAAACUAUGUGUGUAUAUAUUUCCUUGUGGUUCAUUACAGUAGGGUUUGACCUGCAAACUAUCUGAUGGCCCAUGCAUAAAUAAAAUUCAGCAUUCUAUUUUUAAUAAUUUGUAAGCCACCAAUUUGUAUUCUUUGUCUCAAUAAAUACUUAGUCACCUA